AUGGGGCCCCGGGUCAUGGGCGCCAGGCUUUCUCCGCGCGAAUGUCGCGCGCGCCUCGGCGCCGCGCCCUGGGACCUGGAGACGCGCGGGAAGACCCGCACUGGGGCCGUGAGGCCGCCGAACUGCGGGGAUGAGCGGGAAAGCCCACCCGGGCCCCCGGCUCCCGGGUUGCGCGCCGGCUCCAGGGCUGUCCCGGAGGUAGGCCGGGGGCGGAGUGGGCUCCUAGGUGGUUGGGCUCCUGCUGAGUUCUCCAUACUGAGCACUGUUUGCCUGGCCCGUCGACUCUCGUUUCCCCAGACCCGGCCGCCUGUUUCACGGAGCCCUCGUGGCGGGCCCGGGCUGGCAAGCGCCUCCCGGCACGCGCGCCCCUGGCCUUGCGCCCUUUCGGUGCCUUGGCCCGUCUUUCCCCGGGGGCCGCGCCGAGGGAGGCAGGGAGGGUGCGCGGAGGCCGCGCUGGGGCCCGAGCGCCAACCUCAAGCUCUGCAUCCGAGAGAGCCGGCGCCUGCAGUGGGGGAGGUUUGCAGUGGCUCACUGAAACUCGGUGCAAAAUCACCACGAUUUUCUUGGUCACCUACUGCAAUGAUUUACCAAGGUUUGGUCUCCUUUUUUAUUGAGAUGCUGGCGAGAGUAAAGGGCAGCGUCCACUCAUUGCCGGGAGCUGCUAGGCCAGGGGCGCGUGGGUACCCUUCCAACCUGGCUUCCCUCUCCUCUUCCUCUAGGGCUCCGUCCCUGCCUGCUUGGCCUCCUCCGGCCUCCCUCUUCUCGGCGAGUCUCCACCCCGGCCCCCACUCCCCUUGCGAAACCAGCAAGCUUUGA